AUAUUUUACUGUAAUACUGCGGGACUAUUAUCCGCCAUCUUUGGUAUUUUUUAUUGAUUUAAUUUAACAAUGCAAGUUUCGAUUCUGAGGUCCUAUUGAUAUAUCUAUAAUGGGCAACUUUCUAAGCCGCCGAAAUUCGGGAGUACAGGAAUUGGAAUAUUCCUCUCAAAAUGCCUAUCGAUAUCCACCACGAUCUGGUUGUUAUUUUGGUAGUCACUUUAUUAUGGGUGGUCAACGUUUUGAAACAGCACAACCAGAGGCUUACUUAUUUGGUGACAAUCAUGAUCUAAACUGGCUUCACUCUAGACCAUAUCCCUUCCCUUACCCCGGCCCAUGUACAAACGAAGCAACAAAAACUUUGAAAAGCCUGGUAAACAUCCGUAAGGACACUUUACGACUAGUGAAGACUUCAGAAAAUACACAGGCAGUUCUUCCUGGCGAGGAAACGCAACCAAAUAGUGGCUACAACCUAGAAUUCACCUUUGAUUCAGAUGUUCGCGUUGCUAUAACUAUUUAUUACUUUGCUACCGAAGAAAUCAGUAAUGGACAGGCUAUCUAUCAACCACGUGAUCCCUCCACGACUUCAGAAACAUUUCAUUACAAACGUGGUACAAAUCAACAAUUUAGCCAGUCAACACAUAUAUUCGAUCCUAGCAAAUAUCCAGAGGAGGACGUGAGUGAUAGAUGGCAGUAUAAUCCUGAUAAAGAGGUUUUCCCAAUUGUUAUUCAGUGCAAUGUAGAGGAUGAUCAGGAGAGCGUCGGCCACAGUCACAUUACCUUUGCAAUAGCAGAAACAAAUGGCGACGAUUACGUUAUAAAAGCUUUGAAACAGAAACAAGUUGUCGAUGGUUUAUGUUUCUUGUUACAGGAGAUAUUUGGUAUAGAGAAUAAAAAUUCACCAGAUUUAAAAGCUGAUUCUGAAGAAAUAGAGGACACUGGCUCGGAAUGUGUUAUAUGCAUGUCUGAUAUAAGAGAUACAUUGAUUUUACCUUGUCGACAUCUUUGUCUCUGUAAUACUUGUGCAGAUUCUCUACGAUAUCAAUCAAGUACUUGUCCCAUUUGUCGUGUACCAUUCAGAGCUCUACUGCAAAUCAGAGCAAUGAGAAAGAAAACUAAUCAGCUACCAUCGUCUAACCCAGGUGAGAAUGAUGUCGAAAAUACUUCCCAGGAGAAUAUUCCUCAAGGUUAUGAAGCAACAUCAUUGAUGGAAGCCCUUAAUGGACCAUCGGGAAAUUCAAGAAACCAACAAAAUACUCAGCUCAUGCCGCCAGAUGGACAAAAUCCCAACUUGGAUAGACUUUUGGGAAUAGGUAGUGCGGAGAAUGGAGAAGUGCCAGAACAACGUACCUCUAAAAGACGUUCAUCAACUAAAAGUAAUCGUUCUAUAAGAUCAAAUCAAGGGGUAGAGGCUGAGUCAUCUAGCCAACACCCAACAGAUAUUAAAGAAGGGGAAAAAAGACAGUCUUUCAAAGGCAAACGAUCUUCGACAAGCAGACGACGCGAAAGGCAGUCAGAAACGAAUGAAGAAAAUGAAAUAAAUGUUGAAUUUAAGGGAGUUUCUGUCGAGAAUAACCCGACUCCUUCAUCAGCUAGUCUACAAGCCCAUGUUACAGUUAUGUCUGACGGGGUUGAAUUAGAUAAAGUUGUUGUAAGAGAUCAAGAAGAGCUACCGGGAACACCCUGUCCUUCAGAAAAAAUAAUUUCCUGCACAAAUGAUGCAAAUAAUCAGAAACAAACAUAG